CUUUACGGCAGAUAAUAGGGCCAGUGUGGAGUGAAUUGAGUAAUGGCAGGAACACACACGAGAUAGUCCACGAACCUUACGUUAUUCGUACAUUUAUCGGGUAACGUUACCAGCAGCCGGACGGGUGUCUGUCCUCAUCGUCGUUCGCUGUGAGAGGCUGAUUCCGACCCCGUUUUUCUGUCAUCAUAGUAACUGUAUGCAGUGGAAUGGCUGAAGUGCCGCCUGGGCCUAACGCACUGCCUUCAUCCUCGAGCGAGAUCUCACCACUGCCCGUGGACGGGUGCAUCUUACUGGGCCACGACGAUGAGGGACGGGACAUCAUCAACCCCGGCCCGGGACACCAGCACGCCAGCGACUAUAAGGUGAUAGUCAAAUCCAACCAGAACAACGUGCAUCCUAAUGCAUCAGCUGCCCAGUUCCACACAGCCCAGCGGAACGGGGUCCAGUGCCACCACACUCACCUCCAGAACCACGUCCAACAACACCGGCCGUCCGACAAUCUGAACGCCGCUUCCGAUCACCACUUGGAAGGUAUCGGUGCAACACAGGGCGAUCACACGGAAAACAACAAUUUCACGAGAAAUAAACGAUGUAGUGAUAAAUCUCAGAGCCAGUCGCCGCCGAACAACGGGAUAAACUGCACUGACAGUAUGGCGAUAACGGAGAGCAGCUCGUGUCGACUGGAGAACGAUCUAAGUAGCAGGACUGGUUCAACGGAUCGAGCUCGAGCGGCAGCGCUGAUGGACGGGGCUGAGUCAGGCCUGGGCCCGCAGCGCGCUCGAGUAGAGCAGGCGGCCGCUGACAGAGCUCCGGUGGCGGGGAUGUCGAGACUAGCGCUGGAGGAGCACGACGACUCCAUCCGAUACGUGAGAUACGAGUCUGAGCUCCAGAUGCCUGAUAUCAUCCGACUCAUAACUAAAGACUUAUCUGAGCCCUACUCCAUAUACACCUAUAGGUACUUUAUUCACAACUGGCCUCAGCUCUGCUUUCUGGCGAUGGUUGAGAAGGACUGUGUCGGUGCCAUUGUGUGUAAGCUAGACAUGCAUAAGAAGAUGUUCCGUCGCGGAUACAUCGCCAUGCUCGCUGUGGACUCCAAAUUUCGCAGGAAAGGCAUCGGCACCAACCUUGUUAAAAAGGCCAUCUAUGCUAUGGUGGAGGGGGAUUGUGAUGAGGUGGUGCUAGAGACGGAAAUCACCAACAAAUCGGCCCUGAAACUCUAUGAGAACCUGGGCUUUGUCAGGGACAAGCGGCUGUUUAGAUAUUAUUUAAAUGGAGUGGAUGCACUUCGGCUCAAACUCUGGCUUCGCUAAAUCAAACUACGGGGUCCCUCAACUCUUUCUCCAUCCCUUUGGCCUCCUCUUCCUCCGCCACAGUCCUCUGGCUCAGAUCACCGGACUUCCCAUCAAUAGAAAGACACUCAACCUCUGCUGAGCCGUAAAGGGCAAACUCUGAGGGAAAAUUCAACCUAUCAUAAUAAAGUGUUUUAAGAACUUUUGUGCGAAAGAAAGAGAGAUUGUUGUGAAAAACAAAACAAAAACAAAGUUGGGUACUGAUAUGACACUGACACCGAAAAGGAAAGGCCGGUGGCUUCUGUGCUCAGGUGUCAAUAGCCUGACUUAUGAACUCUGUGUAUUUGUGUCGGGCAGCGGAGAUGAGCUGGGCCGAACAUGUUGACGGCAUCCACAAAAUGUAUCAUGCCGAAAGUAAACAAUUCGCCACACCUC